UGAGAGGUCAGCUUGGGGACCUCCAGGUGAGAGGGGUGCAGGGGGCCCACCUGUGUGCAGGAUGUGGGUGUCAAUCCCUUGCCCCACUGCGGCCAGGGGCCUCACUGCAGAGAUGAAGCUGUUCCUGGCCCUGGCUGGGGUCCUAGCCACACUCAUCCUGGCCCCGCCAUGUGAGGGCACCGGCCCAGCCUCCCCCAUGACAGUGGAGACCUCGGUCCUUCGGGACUGCAUAACAGAGGCCAAGUUGCUGGUGGAUACUGCCUACAAUCAGACUCAGAGGAGCAUCAGGGAGCGCCUCCGCAGUGGCCUGGCCAGCCCCAUGGACCUCCUGUCCUACUUCAAACAACCGUUGGCAGCCACCAGGACAGUGGUCCGGGCUGCCGAUUAUAUGCAUGUGGCCUUGGAGCUGCUGGAGGGGAAGUUACAGCUCCAGGGAUCCAGUUCCUUCAAUGUCACUGAUGUGCUGACAGAGCCCCAGCUUCGGCUGCUGUCCCAGGCCAGUGGCUGUGCUCUCCAGGACCAGGAGGAGAAGUGCAGCAACAAGUACCGGACCAUCACUGGGAGAUGUAACAACAAGAGAAGACCCUUGCUGGGGGCCUCCAACCAGGCCCUGGCCCGCUGGCUGCCGGCUGAGUAUGAGGACAGGCUGUCCCUCCCCUACGGCUGGACGCCCAACAGGAGGCGCAAUGGUUUCCUCCUCCCUCUCGUCCGAGCUGUCUCCAACCAGAUUGUGCGCUUCCCCAGAGAGAGGCUGACCUCCGACCGGGGCAGGGCCCUUAUGUUCAUGCAGUGGGGCCAGUUCAUUGACCACGACUUGGACUUCUCCCCUGAGUCCCCAGCCAGAGUGGCCUUCACUGCGGGCGUGGACUGUGAGAAGACCUGCGCCCAGCUGCCCCCCUGCUUCCCUAUCAAGAUCCCGCCCAAUGACCCCCGCAUCAGGAACCAGUGUGACUGCAUCCCCUUCUUCCGCUCGGCACCCGCAUGCCCCCAAAACAGGAAUAAAGUCCGAAACCAGCUCAAUGCGCUCACCUCCUUUGUGGACGCCAGCAUGGUGUAUGGCAGCGAGGUCUCCCUCUCCCUGCGGCUCCGCAACCAGAUCACUCUCCUGGGGAUGCUGGCUGUCAACACCCGCUUCAGCGACAACGGCCGGGCCCUGCUGCCCUUUGACAACCUGCGUGAUGACCCCUGCCUCCUCACCAACCGCACAGCGCGCAUCCCCUGCUUCCUGGCAGGUGACUCCCGAUCAUCGGAAACUCCCAAACUGGCGGCCAUGCAUACCCUCUUUAUGCGGGAACACAACCGGCUGGCUGCGGAGCUGAAACGUCUGAAUCCCCAGUGGACCGGAGAAAAGCUAUACCAGGAGGCCCGGAAGAUCGUGGGCGCCAUGGUCCAGAUCAUCACCUACCGAGACUUUCUGCCCCUGGUUCUGGGCAAGGCCCGGGCCAGGAGAACCCUAGGGCCCUACCGGGGGUAUUGCUCCAAUGUGGACCCUCGUGUGGCCAAUGUCUUCACCCUGGCCUUCCGCUUUGGCCACACCAUGCUCCAGCCCUUCAUGUUCCGCUUGGACAGCCAGUACCAGGCUUCAGGACCCAACUCGCGCGUCCCGCUUAGCACUAGCUUCUUUGCCACCUGGCGAAUCGUGCAUGAAGGUGGCAUCGACCCCAUCAUCCGAGGCCUCAUGGCUACCCCUGCCAAGCUGAACCGUCAGGAUUCCAUGUUAGUGGACGAGCUGCGGGACCGGCUCUUUCAGCAAGUGAGAAGGAUCGGGCUGGACCUGGCGGCUCUCAACAUGCAGCGCAGCCGGGACCACGGCCUCCCAGGGUACAAUGCCUGGAGGCGCUUCUGUGGGCUCUCCCAGCCCCAGAAUCUGGCACAGCUCAGCCAGGUGCUGCGAAACCAGGGUUUGGCGAGGAAGUUCCUGAAUCUGUAUGGUACACCUAACAACAUUGACAUCUGGAUUGGGGCCAUCGCAGAGCCUCUUUUGCCAGGGGCCCGAGUGGGGCCUCUUCUGGCUUGUAUUUUGGAAAACCAGUUCAGGAGAGCCCGAAAUGGUGACAGGUUCUGGUGGGAAAAGCGGGGUGUUUUCACCAAGAGACAGCGCGAGGCCCUGCGCCACAUUUCCUUGUCUCGAAUUGUGUGUGACAAUACCGGCAUUACCACUGUUUCGAGGGACAUCUUCAGGGCCAACACUUACCCGCAGGACUUCGUGAGCUGCACCUGCAUCCCCAGGUUGAACCUGUCAGCCUGGCGAGGCAGAUGAGGCCUCUACAGGAGCCCAUUCCAAGCCUCUGGCCUCAGACACAAGAGAACCUGGGGAAGACCACGAGGCUGCCUCCUCCCCUGGAGCGACCACAUCUGCUGACGCUUUUGCUGGCUCUGGCUCAUUGCUGGUUCUGUGGCUGGGAGUGCCAGCCGGGAUUCCCGGCAGCAGUGAACCCUCCCACCUUGGGAGCCUCCUAGGUCUUAGGUCAGGCAUCGGCUCCGGGUGCAAGGAGGUCUUGAGGCCCAGGCAAGAAGAGUCAUCUGCAUGGUCUCCGGCCUCUUUUUUUCUAUUUCCCAGCCUGUCCCCAUCCCCCACCCAUGACUGCAGCCUAUGCCACACCCGGCCCCAGCCACCCCACCAUCCUCCGCUGGAGCCUGCAGACCAGGCAGUGAGCUCUGCUUGUACCAAUAAAAGUCCACCGAGGGCAAGAGCUGGUUUCUGCGUCAGGCUGGGGAGGGCAUAACCUCAGUCCCAAGCUUUGCUGCAAACGUUUAGAGGAGCCCUGCCAGGACCACACUGGCAAUAACCCCUACGCCUCUCUUGCAGGCUGCCUCCAGACACUGUGGAGUGGGAAAGGGCAGAAAAGGGGAAGGUUCGGGAGAAUACCCUGGCCAUGCCAGCAACGUGAGCAGAAAAACAGCUGACACGUCAGUCAGUACAAAAAGUUUUUAUGUACCAAAAAUACAAUAAAAGACACUACCU